CCCCCCCCCGGCCCCCGGAGAGAGCGGACAGAGCAGACCCUAAAAGCCUAACCAUGCAGGUUCUUUGUAGACUGAUGCUGGCGAGGCUGCUGUAGGGGUUAAAAUGAAGGCGAGCCCAAGGAGACCUCUGAUCCUGAAACGCAGGAAACGGCCCCUGAGCUUCAGCGGGCCCACAGACGUGCAGCAGGAUCCUGGUCGGGAUGAGGCCGACGGCGGUAAAAGCAAACGUGGGAGUAGUGGGUGUGAUGUGGCAAGUGGCUGCCCAGGGAUUGGUGGCAUGGGCACCUCACAACAUGACCCACAGCUUGAGAGCCAGAAAUUCCCCGAGGGUAUUCGGAUUGCCAAUCACCCAUCUAUACCCAACACCCAAGUGGUGGUGAUUCCACGCAAUGCGGACUUGCAAAGCAUCAUCAAAGUGCUGACAGCGAAAGGCAAAGAGAGUGGCACCAAUGGCCCCAAAAAGUUUAUUCUGCUGAGCAGCAAUGGCUCAUCAUCGUCUCGCUAUGGGCCAUCUGUGAGCAGCAAAGAUCCACGCACCUCCGAGACUGGCAUUCAACCGCUCAGCCAAGGUGGUGGAAAGUCUGUGACAUGUCAAGGGGAGCCUGACCUCCGCAUUGCUGCUGUAAGUGACCAGGUACAUCCGGCUGAUCUCGGCUUACGAAUCAUCAAAAAAGAGGAGGAACUUCCAUCUUUCGAAACAGCGGAUACUCUGGUACCUUUGACUCUCACCAACAAGGAAGCUGGUACAGGUGCAACAGGCCCAGGAGGCCCUCCCCUUGAUGACAGCCUGACCAACAUCCAGUGGCUGGGUAAGAUGAGCACUGACAGCCUGGGUGCAUGCAGUGUGAAGGAGGAGGUGGAGAAGGAGAACCAGGAACCACCAGCAGAAAGCAGCUCUGUGGAGUCCGUCCAUGAGAGACCCCCUUACUCCUACAUGGCCAUGAUCCAGUUUGCGAUAAACAGCACCCAGAGCAAAAGAAUGACGCUGAAAGAAAUCUACACCUGGAUUGAAGAUCACUUCCCGUACUUCAAACAUGUGGCCAAGCCUGGCUGGAAGAACUCCAUCCGUCACAACCUGUCCCUGCACGACAUGUUCAUCCGCCAGACCUCUCACAAUGGCAAGAUAUCCCAUUGGACCAUCCGGGCCGAGGCCAACCGCUUCCUGACCCUUGAUCAGGUGGUGAAGUCUCCGGGAUACAGCCCCAGCGAACAGGCGCAUUGGAUCUGCGCAACACCCCUGCUGCUCUGCCAACAGCAAAAGCGAACUGGGAGCAACGAUCUGCUGAAGAACCCUGGGGCCGGGAGCACAGAAGUUGGGUUUCGGAAGAUGAAGCCGUUGCUGCCUCGUACUGACUCGUAUCUGGUGCCCAUUCCCCUGUCACUCAACUCCCCCCUCAUCCUGCAGCCGUCCACUCACAUCACCCUGCCAUCCCUCCAGGUGCCGCUGACCAGCUCCACCUACACCGAGCUGACCCGCAGACGCAAGCGCAUCAGAAUUGCACCCAAGGUGCCCAGUGAGCCUGUGACAAGCAAUCAGCCAGUGAAUUUAAUGAUGGACUAUCAGGCCCUGCCACUGAUCCACAGAGCUGCCCCACUCCCCACCACUGCCUGUGACUCCUCGGCGGCACUCAGAAUAGAGGAGGCUCUGUGUAAAGAGAACACCUCUCGGCGGAAGCAGAGGCAUGUGCCUCAGCCCAUGGAGGAGCCCGUCCUUCUGUUUCCAGAUUUCCCAGACCCAGGCAUGGAUUCCGGCAUGGCCUCUGACCUCUCCACCUUCCAUGAAUCGAGAACCCUGGAGCAGGGUUCAGACUUUGCCAGCACAUCUGCGGAUUACAACUUCAAAACUCCCAUCAAAGAGAAGCCUUUCCGAGACCUGCCUGCCUCCUCUACCCCCAGCAAGGGGGGGAGCAGUCCGUCCCUUGGGGGUGGAGGUGAGGGCUGGAAGUUCAGUCUCACCCCACUGAAGAAAGAGGAUAGCCUUUUUGAGUUCAGCCCUGUCAGGACGCCGUGUGGCUCCUUCCUGACUCCACUGCGGAACAACCCCGGGUACCUCAGCCUCAGUAGCACCCCAUUCAAGGAUUUUGCUAUCUUCGAAUCACCCAGGGAGCUGUUGAAUUCACCAGUCAAGGAGCUGGACCCCCAUAGCCUCUCCCCUCCCCUCGCAGACGACCAAGGGGAACGGUGUUCCCGAGAGCUGCUGGCGAGCAGCGGCCCCUCAGCCAACAGGUCUUUGACCGAAGGCCUGGUCCUGGACACCCUGAAUGAUAGUCUGAGCAAAAUCCUCCUGGACCUGAGUUUCACCGGAUUGGAAGAUGAGGACUAUGAUCUUGGAAAUAUGAGCUGGUCAGCGUUAAUACCUGAGCUGAGGUAAAUGCUCCAGGUCCCUCAUGCAGACUGAGCCCUGAAGAAUUUGCUACUAAAUUGGCUUUAAAAAAUCAUCAAGGGAGGGACAGUAAAAACUUGUAGAUUGUGUCUGAAAAUAAAUGUUAUUAAAAGUGUAAAAGAAGUGAAGGAAUGGAAGCUGGUUCAAUACAGAUGGUCAUUUUUGUAUAAGACCAGACCACAGACAUCUCUGUUGCAGUGCUUGGUACUCAGCAUUGACUGGUGUAACAAGACACCAGGGAAAUGUCAUUGAUAUUUGUUUAUGCCAGGUGGAAAAUCACCAAUUCCUAGAAGUGUACACAUGUGCUUUCAUGUUGUAUAUAUGCACAUUUUGUUUGUAUCUGUGUGUGUGUGUGUCACAAACAUUAUGAGUGUAUUACUUGGAUGCCUGUUAGUAUCCUGUGUCUGCUUUCUCAGAAUAUCCCUCAUUCUCCUGGGAGUUUUGCUUCUUCAUCAUCAGUUCUGAAACCCCCUCUGCCACCAUGAACAUUUCUCUGGGGUCCUCAGGGAUUUGGCAGUGUCUGGAGCCCCAGAGCUUUCUUUGGAAGCUCGGUUGAACACAAGCCACACACAUGACAAACUAAUUCCCAGGCACCUUUGCCCAUUAAGGGAAGUCUGUGAAGAGGAAGCAAAAGGAUCAGGGACGUGCUGUGGACCAUCUCACCUGGUCUUAACCUGCCAUUUCAUGAACUGUUGCAGAAGGAAGUUAUGAAAGAUACCACAGGAGGAGGUGUCAGAGUCUUGUGCUCUGGGACAGAUGGAAGCUUCUGUUUAUUCAACAAGUGGGUCUGGCAGCCAGCAAUCUGUCCUCUUUGCCAUUUUUUGACCAUGGUGGUGACUGCACUAGUACAGCAGAGUCGCAAAUGGAGGUGUAAUCCGCCUCCCCCCGCCCCAGCCUGUAUGCAGUGAUGGGACCUGGGCUCAAGUCAGCUGUCACUGUAUCCAAAUCAAGCAGGUGCAGGGUUCAAAACUGAUGUGUGCAACAUUUGGUAUGUAUAUGUGCACUUCAUCUGAAGUCUGUGUUCUCAAAGGACACCAUUAACCUUUUCAAAUAUCUGCUUUAUAAGCAAGAAAGCUUCUAGGCCUACAACAAUUGCAGACAGUUCUCCUGUUCUCAGUCUAUUUCAAAAUAUAAAUUAUUGGUCUUGGCUAUGAAACCGGCUGCCACUGGAUUUGGUCAUGUUAUUCCUUCUCUCCAUGCCCACUGCAUCCAUGUCUGCAGUCUCUCUUCCCAACCAUGUCUGCAGUCUGUCUAUGAU